GAGUACGGGUCCGACGGUCCUCUUCGUAGUAGGGUUUCCUAUUUAUUUGCUCACACGCCCGUUUCUAGGGCUUGUCGAACCCAAACCUUCCUUUUUCUAUUUGCAGAGAUGAGGCCGAUUUUGAUGAAAGGCCAUGAAAGGCCCCUAACCUUCCUCAAAUACAACAGAGAGGGGGACCUGCUCUUCUCCUGUGCAAAGGAUCACACUCCUACUGUCUGGUUCGCUGAUAAUGGAGAGAGACUCGGCACUUACAAGGGCCACAAUGGUGCAGUUUGGUGCUGUGACGUUUCCAGGGAUUCCAUGCGUCUUAUUACUGGCAGUGCAGACCAGACUGCAAAGUUAUGGAAUGUUGAGACUGGUGCUCAACUGUACUCAUUUAACUUUGAUUCACCAGCAAGAGCAGUAGACUUUGCGGAAGGUGAUAAGCUGGCUGUAAUCACAACUGAUCCAUUCAUGGAGCUGCCCUCUGCCAUCCAUGUUAAACGGAUUUCUAGAGACCCUAGCCAGCAGACUGGGGAGUCAGUGCUUGUUAUUAGGGGGCCUCAAGGAAGAAUAAAUAGAGCUGUUUGGGGUCCCUUGAACCGUACUAUAAUAAGUGGUGGUGAAGAUGCAGUUAUUCGUAUGUGGGACUCAGAGACUGGAAAACUGCUCAAGGAAACUGAUAAGGAAAUUGGUCACCAGAAGACUAUCACCUCACUAUCUAAAUCCUCUGACGGUUCACACUUCCUAACAGGUUCUCUUGAUAAAUCAGCCAAGCUCUGGGACGUCAGAACCCUUACCCUUAUCAAGACCUAUGUGACAGAACGUCCAGUCAAUGCAUGUGCUAUUUCUCCACUGCAUGAUCAUGUUGUGAUUGGUGGAGGUCAGGAAGCAUCACAUGUGACAACAACUGAUCGUCGUGCUGGGAAGUUUGAAGCCAAGUUCUUUCACCAGAUUCUUGAAGAGGAAAUUGGAGGAGUGAAAGGGCACUUUGGACCUAUAAAUGCAUUGGCAUUCAAUCCUGAUGGGAGGAGUUUCUCAAGCGGUGGAGAAGAUGGCUACGUGAGGCUGCACCACUUUGAUGCCGACUACUUCAACAUUAAGAUGUAAAUCAUAGCGGGAUUACUAUUUAGCUAACCAGGUUUAUUGUCUACACUAUCCCUGCUUGGAUUUUUGUCGCCCCCUUUGAGGUUUAAUUUUGUUCAUGAACCAUGAGUAUAGUACAUUUUUUAUUUGAGAAAGAUCAUGAUGUGCCAAGUCAUUGGUCUUAUUGAUUGCCUUUUUUUCUGUUAUGGGAAUGUAUUUGGUGAGCCAGCAGAUUUCAUCGGUCUGCCCUUUUGAAUGGUUUUUGGACCAGAAAUGCAUCGCAAAUCACUACAAAUGCAUUUUUGCAUCAGAUCUAUGAAUUUGGAGCUUCGAGAACAACCAUGUAGAUAUGAUUAUCUUUGAAGAAAUAAAGACACCAAUGGUUAUGAGAUUUUUUAUUUUUGGUACAAGGAUGUCUCAUUAUUCUUAGCCAUUGGAUGUGAUGUUUAAUGGAUUGAAGUGUAUCGCAACAUUUGAGAAAUUUUAUUUCAGAAAUACUAUUUCCAAUUA